AUGACAUUCGAAAUACCACCCACCUAUCUUCUCUCAACCAAUCUGGAGACUGAUCAAUUGCAGCAACUUGAGGGGCAGAUUCCGUCCCUAACGCGGGACAUCAAUGACGCUCACAUCGUUUUGGGGAAGAUAUCGCGGCGGGAACGAGCUUUGUUCGAGCUCAGACGACUGAAACUCCCAACAGAGGAGAUUCUAGUAAUUAGCGAGCAGGCUGGAGAUGAUGACGAGAGAGAGAAGGAUGGUUCGCCGCGACUUAAGCGACAAAGAUUCUCUAGCCCUUCAUCCGGGAACGCUGAAGUAAACUUGAGCAAAGAUCAAGGCGGCGGCAUCUCUACAUCAAACGACACAAUCAUGGUCGUCAAAUUGGCAUGGUGGUUGGAAUCACAGGAACGGGGAUCCUUGCUGCCCAUUGAGGACUACAUCCUAUACAGAGGUAGAAAGCUACCAGCGGCGCAGACCAGCAGCCCAAUCUCUGUUAAAAGCAUGAAUACCGACAGGGUACUGAGCUCUCCUGUUGGAAAGAGCAGUUCAUCCAAACUCCCAGGGACUGGCCAGCAAUUCGGCUCGCACCGCCAUCGCCCUGUCACGUCUCAACCGCCACCGCUCCCCCGUGAGACAACAUCCGAACACGAUGUGGACUUGCCGCCUAUCCCAGAUUUCCUGCACACCACUUAUUCCUGCCAGCGGCCAACCCCCGGUAACCCGCCUAACACGGGAUUCAUCAAGGAGCUGAAAGAGGUGCGCACGCUGCGGCUCCUCCAGGGAGACCAGAUUGGCGUGAGGGCAUACUCUUCUAGUAUCGCUGCGUUGUCAGCGUGUCCGCAUCUUCUACAAACUGCGACUGAAGUCGCGAAGCUGCCUGGGUGCGGUGCUAAGAUCGCCGAGCUAUACCAGCAGUGGAAAGACAGAGAAACUCUACAGGAGAUCGAAGAAAGCAGAUCAAACGAUAAGCUACGUGUGCUCAAGCUGUUCUACGAUAUUUGGGGCGUGGGGGACACAACGGCACGGGAUUUCUACAACAAAGGCUGGAGGGACCUGGACGACAUCGUCGAGUACGGGUGGGACACCCUCAGCCGCGUCCAGCAGAUCGGGGUCAAAUACUACGACGAGCUCCAGCAGAAGAUUCCGCGGGUCGAGGUCGAGGCCAUCGGCGAGGUCAUCCUCGCCCACGCCCGGGACAUCGACGCCGGGUUCCAGAUGGCCAUCGUCGGCGGGUACCGGCGCGGCAGCACGGAGAGCGGGGACGUGGACGUGAUACUGAGCCACGCCGACGCGGCGGCGACGCUGCACUUCAUAAGCAAGAUCCUCGUCCGGCUCGAGCAGUCCGGCCACGUCACGCACACGCUCACGCUGUCGACGAGGAACAGCGAGCGAGGGCAGGCGCCGCUGCCGUGGAGAGGCGAGGGCCGCAAGGGGUCCGGCUUCGACACGCUGGACAAGGCCAUGGUCGUGUGGCGGGACCCGAAGGGAGGCGAGGCCGCUCUGCACCGACGGGUCGACAUCAUCGUGAGCCCGUGGAGGACGGCCGGGUGCGCGAUGCUGGGCUGGAGCGGGGGCACGACCUUUGAGCGCGACCUGCGCCGGUACUGCAAGGCCGAGCUGGGGCUCAAGUUUGACUCGAGCGGGAUCCGCAGCCGCCGGGAUGGGAGCUGGGUGGACCUUGAAGGGGACGGGUCAGCCCCGGACAUGGAGGUGGCCGAGAGGAGAGUCUUUGAAGGGCUAAAGCUGCCUUGGCGACGGCCCGAGGAGAGAUGCACUGGAUGA